GAUUACGCUUCACUACUUCAAAUUACAUACAUAAUAUUACAUAUGUUCAACAUUUUCAGAUUCUGCACUCAGAUAUAAACCAAUAUUAACCCACAUUAAAAUUUUUUUCACUCAUGUUCCAUUUUAUUUCGUGUUUCAUUCAUGCCAUUGUAAAUUACAGAAAAUGUUGUUACGUUAUUUUGCAUUUCAGGUGAUGAUAUGUACAUUUGUUAUAUACAUAAGUACAUAUGAAUGUAGAUAAAUAUGUACAUAUAAAAACUGUACAUAUAAAAAUGUAUGCACAUCCAGUCAGCAAUAAGAGUACGUUAAUCGACAUGCGAGAGAUUUAAAUUUUCUUUGUAAUUUGUAUGACUGAGUAAACAUAUGUAAUACAAAUAUACAUACCAAAUCUUUGAGAUUUAAGCAUAGACACACAUAUUAGAUGAGGUUCGGAUUUGAGCCUAUUUACGAAAAAAGGUUUACAUACUAUGUAAGUAUGUACAUAUGUAUAAUGUGUCGUUCAUGAGUUUGCAAUAGUGGACAUUAAUUAUAAAUGGGAAUCGUUUGAACCAAAAAAAAUGUAAAGGAUUAUUAAUAUGUCGUCCAACAAAGUGAAGCCAUCGCCAAUACAGCGCCACCACACUGGCUUAAAUCAAUUCUUGCGGCAGCCACCAACACAUAACUCUAUUUUUAAGGACAUGCGAAUAACAUUAUGUGUUUUGAAGGCAACAGGUCUGUUACCUAUCUACGAAGAGGUUUCUAGUUAUGAAGUUGGACCACCUACAAAGCCAAACAUUUAUUAUUCAUUUUUCAUUCGAGGGGUUGUACAAACCUUCACUUUAUUCAACCUCUAUAACCUGAUAACACCUGGAUCAGCACAACUGUUUUACUCCUACAGUGAUACAGAUAAUGUGAAUAAAUGGAUUGAGUAUUUAUUGUGUAUGUUAUCUCAUUCAGCAACUGUUAUAAUUUGUGGUAGAAAUUCAAAACUGUUUAUAAAAAUCUUAAAUGAAAUAUUGAAAGUGGAUGAAGAUGUCUUCGACCGAUUCCGAGAAACUCUGGAAAAUAAAUGUGCAUUCUCACUAAAGUACAUUGUGGGCAUAUGUAUUUGCCAAUGGUAUUUAAUCGUGUUACGCGUUUUAGCUGUUAAAGAUACUCUUAACGUAAACUCAUAUAUUUUUCUAUUUAUCUACGCCGUGCAAAAUGCCAUGGCAACUAUUUUCAUUGUUUUUACGGCGGCUUUAUUAAGAAUCCUAAAGAUGCGUUUCGCUCACAUAAACACAACCCUUAAAGGUUAUACGUAUAGCGAGCAACAUAAGCUACAACGUAUACCAGGACGAGAUAGGAAUGUAAUUACAAUGGAUUCUUUUCCUGAGGAUUCUUUAUUUAUAUACCGUCUGCACAAUAAGUUGCUACGGAUUUAUCGUUCAAUUAAUGAUUGCUGCAGCUUGAUUUUGGUGGCAUAUAUGGGUUAUGCUUUCUACACUAUAACAACUACUACCUAUAAUCUAUUUGUUCAAAUAACAACACAGCGCUUAUCAUUCAAUGUGUUACAAACGUGCUUUGUGUGGCUAGCAAUGCAUACUUGCGUCUUGGCAUUACUGUCAAAAAAUUGUGGGCAAGCCACAGAUGAGGCUAAUGGUACUUCGCAAGUUUUGGCUCGUGUCUACGGCGCGUCUAAAGAUCAUCAAAAUAUAGUGGACAAGUUUUUAACAAAAAGUAUUAAGCAAGAGGUGCAAUUCACUGCUUACGGAUUUUUCAUAAUUGAUAACUCCACACUUUUCAAAAUCUUCUCAGCUGUAACAACUUACUUGGUUAUUUUGAUCCAGUUCAAACAAUUGGAAGAUUCAAAAAUUGAAGAUGACUCGAGUUAAAUUGUGAAAACAUAACAAGUAAUUCCUUUUCGCUAUUACCAAAUUAUUAAAUACACAUUUAUUCAAUCAGACACAAUACAGCAUCAUAGUUCUUGAACGAAUAUUUCAAAUUAAAUGAAAAUGUUAACAUUUUUACUGAAAUAUACGGCAAUUGUGUAAAUCUUAAAUAUUUUUCAAUUUCCAUAAUUCAUUUAAUGUAAAGUUAAAUAAAUAUUGUAUAUUUUGAAGCUUGAAGUCUUUGUUGCAAAUAAAAGAAUUACCUACAUAAUUUCUAGUUUGGCAUCUUCAUUUAGCAAUCGACAAAUUUUGGUUUUCGUCUUGUUUCUCCAAAAAGGAAUGAGCACAUUCUAUCCAGGGCAAAA